AUGCGGGCCACCAUCAUCUUUUCCAUUUUUCUCGUCCUCAUCCUCGUCGUCUCGGCCAACCCCACGUUCCAGCGAGUGAAGCGAGGAGGUAAGUUUUAGCCUGUGAAAUCUGUGUUGUCCAUGUGCAUCCGUCGUCCGUCAACUGUGCUCGAGUUUAAUGUCGGUAAUCCCCGUAAACUUGAGAGUAAUAUUUUUUGUUUCGCAGGUGUCCAACUCCCUUCAGGUGACAAUUGCGACUCUCUCCGCUGCAACCGCUCCUGUCAAGGCCAUAGUCAUCGAGGCGGCAAAUGCUCCAUGGGGAAAUGUAUAUGCUUCUGA